GCGGGAGGUUCACCUGGUCGUGAAGGUGGAGUCACACACAAUUACUGUGAGGUCCCAUUCAGCUCAGAGUGUGGUGCCUCAGAGACACGGCGGUCACAUGCGCGCAUUCAAGCCUGUCAUAAUGACACCCAUGGUACAUCUGUUGUUGCUCCCAUUCCUGCUCAGCAUUACUUGUGCAAAGGAUCUGGAGGAGAAGAAAGGCCCGUUUGAGAACACAGUGCUGGAGGUGCCCGAGGGGACGGUUGUCCCUUAUGCUAUUCAUCAGUUUCUGGUGACAGAUGCAGCAGUUCAUGGUUUCAGGCUGAGCGGAGAAGGUAGUGAGGACAUUGAGAUCUCAAAGGAUGGGUGGCUCUUCCUGGAAAAGGCCCUGGACUGGUCCAUACGUAACCAUUACAUUUUCCAGGUGGAGGCAUUGGGAGAUGAUGAUGCAGUCGUGCUCGGCCCAAUUAUUGUGACCAUUAAUGUUGUGGACAUCAACAACAACGCUCCACGCUUCAACCAGACCGUCUACACAGCCAUAGUUCGCGAAAAGAAUCCGGCAGGUGUCUCAUUUACCCAAGUUUUUGCAACGGAUGAGGACGACCCAGACUCACCCAACGCUCGUCUGCAUUACAGUCUGGUCACCCAGAUCCCCAACUCAAACAACAUCCUCCUGUUCCAGGUCAACCCCAACACCGGAGAGAUCUCCACCACAAGAGAAGGGCAACAGUUGCUGAAGGCCAGAGAGGGGAUCCAGUAUAGCAGGGGAGAAGAUCGCACCACCGAGACUCUGGAGAGGAAGUUCAGUGAAUACUGUGCACCAACGAAGGUCCCCUAUAACCAAAACCCCUUCUUCACCUGUGUGCAGAGAGCAGAGAUGAGGAGGCAGAACUUGGACCCUCUGGAAGAUCCAGACUUCACCCUGUUUCUGCGGGUGCAGGACCUGGGGGGAGAUUCAGAGACCGCGCUGAGUGGAACCAGCAGAGUGAACAUCGUUGUCCAGCAAAACCUGUGGAACAACCCUGGACCGUUAAAAAUUAAAGAGAACCUAAAGGGAACAUACCCUAUGGUUAUUGCAAAGGUCCAGUCUAACGACCCCCACGCCAUUUACUCACUACUGCAGAAAGAGCGAGAACCGAAAUUUCCUUUCCAGAUCAGAGACAAUGGAGAAAUAGUGCUGACAGAGGCGCUGGACAGGGAAGACAAGGACAUGUACAUCCUGGUGGUGCUAGCCAAGGAUGUCCACGACAAAGAGGUGGAUCCCCCUAUGGAGAUUCAAGUCCUGGUGGAGGAUGAAAACGACAACGAACCAGUGUGUGAACAUGAAGAGUCUGUGUUUGAGGUUCAGGAGGAUGAGGAGCUAGGCUCCCGCAUAGGACAGCUGUUGGCCCACGACGCUGAUGAGGAGGGGACGUUACAUUCAAAGCUGACCUACACCAUCGAAUCCGAAACUCCUGCCCUCGCAUCCAAGACCUUCUCCAUCGAUGACACUGGAUUAAUUCAGUCGUUGCGCUUGCUGCGACGAAAGGAGCAACAGGUCUACAACCUCGUUGUGAAAGUCAGCGAUUCAGACUUCAGCACGAACUGUAAGGUCCUCAUCAAGGUCAUCGAUGUCAACAACGAGAUGCCCGUGUUUGAGAAGAACAAUUAUGGGAGGUACACUGUGGCAGAGGACACUCCUGUGGGACACACAGUGCUGAAUAUCAGCGCGUCGGAUGCUGACGACCCAGCCAGCGGCAGCUCCUUCAUCCAGUUCAUCAUCUCUGCUGGUAACGAGGGUGGAGUGUUUGCUGUGAUCACUGACGGCAAAGGUAUCGGUUCCCUGGUCAUAGCUAAGCCUCUGGACUUUGAGACCACUGAGACCUUCAACCUCCAGAUUGAUGCCCGCAACCCAGAGCCUCUGAUGAAAGGUUUGGAGUACGGCUCAGAGUCCACCGCCAUCGUCUCUGUGUCUGUCACCGACGUGGACGAACUCCCCAAGUUCAGCCAGAAAGAUUUAGAGAUCACUGUGCCUGAAAACACCAUCAAGGGAACCGCGCUGCUCACUGUGGAGGCGGCGGACCCAGAGGGCAAAGAGAUCAACUACAAGAUGGAGGGUGACGAAAAAGACUGGCUGGAGAUCGACUCUGCCACGGGACAGAUCAAGACCAAAAAAGCCCUGGACAGAGAGGAACUGGAGGCUUUUGAUGUCACUGUCACGGCCUUUGAGAAGGAAAACCCGGAGAAAUCGAGUGAGCAAGUUGUGCACGUGAGGCUGCUGGAUGUGAACGACAACUACCCCAAACUGACCGAGUCACAGGCCUUCAUCUGCAUGCAGAAUCCCAAACCCAUCAUCCUAAAGGCCAAAGAUGGAGACAGCGACCCCUUCUCAGCGCCGUUCAAUUUUACCUUCGACAAUGACAAGAAAUCAGCCAACUGGCAGCUGAAGACAGCUAGCGAGACAACAGCGCAACUGAUCUUGAAGAAAAAGCCAACUGAAGAGAAAAACGUAACAUUUAACAUUAAUAUUAAAGACAAUGCUGGCAUGGGAGUCACACAUAUGUUUCAUGUGAUGCUGUGUAACUGCACACAGCUGGGUCACUGCUACAUGGCGCCAGACACACCUUCAAAGUUGGGAAUGGCAGGCACCGUCGGGAUCUUUGCAGGCAUUAUUGGAUUCUGCCUUAUCCUCUUCGUCAUAGUGAUCAAACGCAUAAACAAAGGGAACAAGAAGAGGAAAGCCCUGGGUGGAGAAGAAGAGAGGAACAUGAUGUAGAGGCACACAUACGUGGAUAGAGAAUGCUUGUCAAGUCAGUUUUAUUUAUAUACCCCCAACAUAUCAAAUUACAAAUACGCCUCAGGGGCCUUUUCUGUAUUUGUGGAAACAAACAUUAACGUAAUGCAUUCACUGCACUCUGACUGGAACAUUAACCCUAAAACCAAGUCUUAAUCACUGGGCCAUUUUUGGUGCUUUUUCUAUGCUUAAACAGAGACUAUGGAUGCUCAUAAGACCCUGUUUUGUUUUUCUGUUGAUCAACGAGUAUUCUCCCUGUCAAUUAAAGCUAUAAAAAUUUCUUAAUGAGUAGUGAAUAAAACCUUAAGGAUUCUUUAUUGAGGACAGCGAGGACUGCAUUUUCCCAGGCCUAAAACUCAAGACAUGCACAUUUACUUUAGCUUAUUUUAUUUCAUUUUCAAGACAGAGCUGGGCUUGAUUAAUGGGUGGUGUGCAUACUUAAUUAAACUCGUAGGUGGUCCCAUGCUAAUCAUGCAUUUAUGCAGCUAGUUGACUUAAUUUAUUAAGUAUCAUUCCCACGUUCUGGUUGUUUCAUUAGCGGUUUCCUGGUCUUCUGUGAUUCAGUUAAUUUUCUUUGGCCCGGAGCUUGUUCUAAUGGUCUCUCGGCUGUGAAUGAGUUGUAAUGUCAAGCGACAUCCUGUUAUGAGCAGAUGCUCAUUUGCUGCCCUGUUUGACAAUAAAGAAAGAAACUGGGAACCAC